CCUAGCCUUGCCCGUGGCGAUGACGAUGAAGCAGCCAUUUUUUAAGCUCAACACUGGAGCUUCCAUUCCAUCACUGGGUUUUGGAAGUGGUACGCCCAUCAGCGUGGAGGAAAUGAAAGCCGCGGUUGUGUGUGCUAUCAAGCUCGGAUAUCGGCACUUUGAUACUGCUGGCUUGUAUGGAACUGAAGCUGGCAUUGGAGAGGGACUUGCCCAAGCUCUUGCAACUGGCCUUGUUAGUAGAGAGGAUAUUUUCCUCACGACAAAGCUCAAACACGAGGAUCACGGUAGCCAGGAUGUUCUCCCAGCACUCCAGGAAAGCCUCAGUGCCUUGAAGAUGAACUAUGUGGACUUGUUCUUGAUACAUGCUCCACUCAGAACAACCAGAGGAGCUCCAUUCCCACCCAAGGAGGAAGAUUUCUUACCUGUGGACAUCCCGGCUACGUGGGAAGCCAUGGAAGAAUGCUUUCGAAAGGGGCUGGCCAAGGCAAUCGGUGUGAGUAACUUUAGCACGAAAAAGCUGCACGACUUGCUUCAACAUGCAAAGAUCACUCCUGCAGUGGAUCAGGUUGAGUUACAUCCAUUGUGGCAGCAAGAGCAGUUGAGAGACUUGUGCAAGAGAAAUUGUGUCCAAGUGAUUGCUUGGUCACCUCUAGGUGGUCUUGGCAAGCCUUGGGGAAGCAAAUCCGUUAUAGAGCAUCCUGUUAUCCAGGAAAUCGCUCUAAAGCACCACAAAUCUCCUGCUCAGGUGAUCAUACGAUGGCUCACGGAAAUCAACGUAGCUCCCGUUGUCAAGAGCUACAACUCCCAGAGACUGCUGGAAAACAUAAACAGCUUCGACUUCAGCUUGGCAGACGAGGACCAUAAACGAAUCGAGACCAUCGCACAGGAAAGGCUUGGUAUGUGGGAUGCUUUGUGCAAUUUCACUACCAGUCCUUACAAGUCACCGUUUGAGCUAUGGGAUGGAGAGAUUUGAAUGCCAUCAUAAGCUAUAUAACUCUGUCAUCUUUUUAUUUGAAGAUUCUUCAAAUGAAGAGUUACUUGGAUGAUGAUCAUGAUCU